GCUUUUCGCACCGUUUCCCGUGAUGCCGCGCGCGUCAAAAGUUUGCCAAUGAGCGAGCCACGCGGGCGAAGCCGGCGGAGUUAAUUUUGCAGCGGCUCCUCGGAGUGUGUUGCAGCAGCGGCAGCGGCGGCGGUAGCAACGUCGGUUCGGUUCCAAUAUCCGUGUGAUUGAAGCGGUGUCCCGGCCCGGCUGGUCGCAAGCGUGCGCGUGCGUGAAAGACGGAGGAUUGUUUGAGGAUUUAAUAAUAAAUCGGAUACGACGGAUGCGGAAACGAGUGCAGUCAACCAGAGUGUGUGUGUGAAAGUGCAGCCGCUUCGGAGAGUUAGGAAAAGGGAGCUACAAGUUGGUGCGUGAGGGAAGCAUUGCAGGGCACACUGCCGGGAACGACAGUUCAUAACGGUGUCGCUUUUCUGGGUCGCUUCCAAUGAGAGUAACCUCCUGUAACCCAUGUAACCCCACUUCGGCAUCAGUGAGACGGAAGUGACGCUUUUCACUAAAUAAAACAUAAAACAGAAAGAUGCCUGAUUCAAAGCCAGACACCAACGCGAAAACGCCAAUGCUGGCGGAUUCCAGCGUUAUCAGGCUAACUCCGCCCAACAGAACAUCAGCUCAAAAGGCAGCAGGAUGGAUGAGAGAGAACCUCCUUCUGGUGCUGACCGUCGUAGGUGUAUUGCUAGGACUUUUAUUCGGCUUCCUGGCCCGGCUGGGUGAAUACUCCGAAGAUGUGGUCAUGUUAGUGUCGUUUCCAGGAGAGAUUCUUAUGGGCAUGCUCAAGAUGCUCAUUCUACCACUUAUCAUAUCGUCCAUGAUAUCAGGUCUGUCUAUGCUCGACCCCAAGUCGAGUGGGAAGAUGGGGUCGCGGGCCUUGGUCUACUACAUCGUUACUACCAUUUUAGCGGCUAUCGUCGGGAUCGUCCUUGUGUCCCUCAUCCAUCCUGGUGACCCAUCCAUCAAGGAACACGUAGGAAUGGGAACGGAAACGAAGAAGGUCACCACACUCGACGCCUUCCUAGACUUAGUCAGGAACAUGUUCCCAGAAAACCUCCUUCAAGCGUGCUUCCAGCAGGUGGAGACUGUGUACGUGGAAGAAAAAGCUAACAAGAUAGUUCCUCUAAACAUCACCAACCCUUCCAAUGAAACGCUCCUCAAACGUCAGCUCCAGUUCAAGGAUGGCACGAACGUUUUGGGGCUGAUUGUUUUCUGCAUUGCGUUCGGCAUCAUCGCUGGCCAGAUGGGCCCUGAUGCGGAACUCAUGGUGCGCUUCUUCAGCAGCCUCAACGAGAUCAUCAUGAAGAUCGUAGUACUUGUCAUGUGGUACUCUCCAUUCGGUAUCUUGUCUCUCAUCGUUGGCAAAAUCAUGAUGAUUACUGACUUAGCCAAGAUGGCACAGCAGCUUGGCAUGUACAUGCUGACAGUAAUCACGGGCCUGGUCAUCCACUCCUGUUUAACGUUGCCGCUCAUCUACUUCGCCAUCACAAGGAAAAAUCCAUUCACAUUCUUCAAGGGCAUGCUCCAGGCUUGGAUCACGGCCCUGGGCACAGCUUCCAGUGCGGCAACACUUCCAGUAACAUUCCGUUGCCUGGAAGAGAACAACCACAUAGACAAGAGAGUCACUCGCUUCGUGCUUCCCGUUGGUGCCACAGUGAACAUGGAUGGCACUGCACUCUACGAAGCCGUAGCCGCCAUCUUCAUCGCCCAGAUGAAUGGCAUCAACCUCUCUGUCGGAGAAGUAAUCGCUGUCAGUUUGACGGCAACAGCAGCCAGUGUUGGUGCAGCCAGUGUCCCAAGCGCAGGUCUUGUCACCAUGCUUCUUGUGCUCACGACCGUGGGACUGCCCACGCAAGACAUCUCCGUGAUUAUCGCGGUCGAUUGGAUGCUGGAUCGACUCCGUACCUCCAUCAACGUCCUUGGCGACGCCUUCGGAGCGGGUAUCGUGUACCACCUCUCCAAGGAUGAGCUGGACAAGAUGGACGCGGAACAUGCGCGCCUGGAAAUGGAACUCUCCGAAGCAGGCGUCCGCAAGGCGUCAUACGCCCUGCGUCGGCCAAGCAAUCCUAACCCUAACUUUUCUGCCGAAGGGAACAGUGAAACGCAGAUCUAAACCUUCCUUCUUUCUUCUCUUUCCUUGUGAGUUUACCAUGACGUGUACCAUGAGCGUCGUCCUGGUUGCAGGUUCUGAAGCCAGUCCCAGAAGAAUGAAAUCAUGCGUUAUCACUGUUCUUAUCGAGGCCACGACGGCUCCGCAAACUUUGACGAUGUGUACCACUGUGGCACUGUUUCAUGUCUUCAAUGAUUUUUAAACCAAUGCUCAUUGUGCAUGCAUGACGAAGGAACAGAAGAGGCAUCAUGCAUGCACAAGGGCACUUCCCUGACUCCUGUCAUCCUGCAACCAGAUUCACGUUUAGAGAGCAAAGGUAUGGUGACGGGAAAGCCGGACUAUCGUGUUCGAUGGUGUGCUGACGUUAGAUUCACAAGCGAAAGCCCUAAUAAUUCGGGAGAGUGCUGCCCAUCUGUAACCUGUGUACUGCCUCCAGCUUGGAAGGAUCUCUUAACAUGAUGACGAGGAAACGCAGCAGCAUACCUGCGUUGCCGACAAGAAAAUACAUGUAUUCCUUCCCCGAAGAACUUUAUUAAGAACUGAAUUUGAGAAAAUCCUACAAGGCCCGGUGUUAUAAUAACAAAGACAAAUCUCAGCCUUCACUUCUUACCGUACAGUCUUAUUUUACGCCAUCUUUCUUUGUUUCCAAUGCAUAACAGACACAUAUCCACCUGCCUUGUAGUUUGUCACCUCUUUGCUUCGGCCCAAACUUAUUACGGUAGUGACGUCACGUACGUAUGACUCGGGUUUUACGUAAGUAGUGUCGGUGGUGGCAGUAGCCAUCACAGUGCCAGGAGUUGCUAAGAUGUUAGUACUAGCUCAUCACUUCUUUUAUUACACGUACCGACGAUGUGGUUGGUACAGCUGACUGAGGGUAAUGGAACGCGAACUUGCCUCGUGUACUUGCCUGCGGGUAUGAGGUCUUCAUGUCACCGUGUAGAAAUGGAUAUCGUGGCAUCAGCAUCUGGUGGAUAUGGUUUCUUCCUUUCUUCCCGUUUCGACGAGCCACUAAUGUUCAGUGUUUCAUAUCAUCGUCUUACAUGGUAUUAGCAUGGACAUUUUUUGCUGUUCUGGCGUUUGAAACUGUUACAAUUAUUAUUUCGACGCUAUUUUAGUCAUUUUCUGAUCAUAUUUCAAAAACGUUCAGUGAUCAGUGCCCCAAAGACAUCCGCAUAUAGGUUUGCUGUCACACACAAUUUGUUUUAUGCGUUCAUUUUGUUUUCGGUUUGCCCAUGUUUCGAUUCGACACCUGUACGACAUUCUAUGUAAAGAAAAAAAAAAAAAGGUGAGCGUCCGAAAAAAAUACUAAUUUUUUGGGUGCUUGCGUGUACAUAUUGCUGCUUUGUGUUCUGUGAGAGCGGGUAUGCAAAUGAAAUACUUAAAUAGUUUCGUAUCCGGCAUAUAUAUACAUCAACAUACACAGCAAUAAUGAUUUAUCUAAUAACGCAUUAAGAACGAAUAUGUUUGGUUUCCUGCUCUUUCUUUUUAAAUAAACCUGUGUUCUUUACUUUAUCCUUGGUACUAUUUUUACGUUAUCCGGUCAUCCGCUUUUUGUUGUGUUUCUUCUGUUGUUCAUGCUGCUGUACUCUCAUACAGAUCUCUCAGUGUCAUACUUCUCAAGAAAAUAAACGAAUGCGCACGAACGAUA